AUGAAACUAAAUGGAUUUUCUUCAUUAGCAACAUCGCUACUCCUUUUGGAAGUUACCGCAGUAUCCGCGUUGAAGCUGGAGGACAUCUUAGUUGAACUAAAUGAAAUACAACAAUUCCGGACAAUUCUGUACUACUCGGUCCCAGAUAACAUCAGUCCAAUCGUGGAUAAUAUUCCAAAACUUGUCGUGGAUCAUACCUUUGAAAAUGUGUCCCUAAAAAGUCAACUCAGUUCUAACCUGUUGUCACUGGUCUUCAUAACACCAGCAAACAAGGAAGCGGUCCUUGAAGCGUUGCGAAGAAUCUUGAGGCGGAAUUUGUUAUCCCCCAUUGUUUUCCAUUUCAUUGCAGAUACUUUAUCCAAAGAUGAUUUAGACAAGUUCGUUGCACAGUUACGUGAAGAAAGGAUGUUCAACAGUUUAGUGUUGACAAACAAUCGCCUGUACACAUUCAACCUUUAUCCCAGGACUGCCAUUAGGGAGGUGACACCAACGGAGUCAAUCAGACUGGCUCUGACGGAGAAGUUGUCGAACCUUCAUGGAACAGAAGUUAGAGUUGUACGUAUCACCGAUAUAUCGACAAGUGUGCAGUACCUGGACAAAGACGGGAACCUUCAAUAUGGAGGAAUAUUCAUGAAGACCAUCCUUGCAUUCAUCAAAAAAUACAAUGGGACAUUUGUCGACCACAUUGCGAACCCUCCAGAAUUUAGUUUCAUAGAGGAUUCCUUGGAUAAUGGAGAAUUUGAUAUCUUCACAAUGAUGGGAUUGGGUUACGGUGGUGAGGAAGUCAUGACGUAUCCUUUACCAGUACUUGCAACAUGCAUUAUGACGCCAUAUCAAAAGGAACUUCCCAGAGUUUUCUAUCUCAUGUUACCAUUUCAAGUGCCCACUUGGAUUCUAUUGGGCUUUGGAACUUUUAUUCUCCUCAUCGUUAUUUUGAUUAUUGAAGCUGUUUAUGGCAGGACUAGUGGCUCAUUGAGGAUGUUCCAAAAUGCGGUCUUUAAAGUUUGGAGAAUAAUCACUCAACAGCUGGACUCCGGGCCUGAACUGGAGGUAAAUCGAUGCAUAAUCGUAGUACAUCUUCUGGCCAUUGUCCUGUUUUUGUUAAUUUUGAGCCUUUACCAAAGCGGUUUGAGCAGUUUUUACAUCAAAUCAAUUUCCACUAGACAGAUCGACACUCCAGAGGAUCUCGAGAUGAGUAAAUAUCAAAUUUUGGUGAAGCCGAAGACGUUAUAUUAUCUGAAUCGCUUCAACACAUUCCCUCCGAACAUUUUGAAGAAAUUCGCCUCUGACGAGGAAACCAUCGAUACAGAUCUAAUUCAACUGGACCCAAGAUAUGGUUAUCUACCACGAGCAGAAUACGCGGACGUUCUAUCUGGAUUGGAGCAGUCUUCAUUGAGACAGUUUCAUUUCAGCAAAAUCUGUGCAAGAGCUGAAUUGUUCAGCAUUAUGAUUACACGGAACUUACCAUUCAGACAGAUCCUUUCUGAUAUGGUCCUUUGGCUUGCGGCCACUGGUAUGAUGAAUAAGUGGGAUAAGGAUAUCUUGUAUGAAAGUGGGAAGGCAGGUUGUCUCAAGGUUAACGUAAUAUUUGAGAGUCCUUUGAGACCAUUGAAAGUUGACGAACUGUAUGUAGUUUGGAUUAUUUAUGGGUUUGGAAUGAGUGCCUGCAUUAUUGUGUUCCUUGUUGAGAAAUGCUGGAAGGGUGUAAUCGUUUUGCAUGAAUAG